AUGAUGGUACCCGAAACGCAGCGCAAAUUACUUUUUCAUUUGGUGAAGCUCUUAAACUCUCAGAAUAUCCUGGAGAUUGGAACGUUUACUGGUGCUACUGCGAUUGCCAUAGCGACCGCUCUUCCAGAGAACGGCAAGCUGAUCACGCUCGAUAUUGACGCAAAGGCAUUGGAUGUUGCUCGUAAGUACAUAAAGGUACUAAAGCUGGAAGACCGAGUAGACUUUCGGCUUGGUGCUGCUAUGGAAAGUCUCGAAGCACUCGUAAAGGAAGAUCCACAGCGUCAGUUCGAUAUGAUUUCUAUCGAUGCGGAUAAGACAGGAUACACUUCUUAUUAUGAUUUUAUUAUGGACAACGAUCUGUUAUCCGACCGCGGGGUAAUCAUUGUCGACGAUGUUCUUUUCCACGGUCAUGUACAUCGAUUCGCCGGAUAUGAGGAGUUGAGGCCUAUAAAAAGUACAGCUUUAAUGAAUGCUGAAGAGGUGGAGAAAUGGAGCAGAGCUGGUGUUGCAUUUAACAAGCACGUCCUGGAAGAUCCACGCGUAAGAGUAACGGUUUUGCCCUGUUUCGAUGGGUUCUCCUUGAUCACCAAGGCAUGA